UUCAACCCUCUGUUGCUCGUUUCCUUUCUAUCUCUUUACACACGUUCAGUGAAGUAGAACUUGAACUUGAGCCAUGAAGGACCUCUACUUCAAUGCAGACAAAGCUCUCGCCAAAGAAUUCCUAUCAAACUUCGCAAACGCAAAUGGCGAGGCAAAGUACAUAGACAUCCUUCAAGAAGUCGCGAAUCAUAAAAUUAAAGCUGUACAGAUCGAUCUCGAGGACCUAUUUAAUUAUAAAGACUUGGACGAGGAAUUUCUGAGGCGAGUUACCGAGAACACUCGAAGAUACAUUGAAAUUUUCGCAGGUGCAAUUGACGAGCUUUUGCCGGAGCCCACUGAGACCUUUCAUGAUGACGAUCAUGAUAUAUUGAUGACACAAAGAGCAGAGGACGCUACCAAUAAUUUUGAUGCGUCCGAACCACGUCAGAAUAUGCCUCCGGAGAUUAAACGUUACUUUGAAGUUUAUAUCAGAGCACCUUCAAAGGGGAGACCAUUCACUAUUCGGGAGGUGAAGGCUUCAUAUAUUGGCCAGCUUGUAAGAAUAGCUGGUAUUGUGACUCGUUGUUCAGAUGUUAAGCCUCUGAUGCAGGUGGCUGUAUACACAUGUGAAGAAUGUGGCUGUGAAAUUUAUCAGGAUGUAACUGCUCGAGUAUUCAUGCCAUUGUAUGAGUGCCCAUCAAUGCGUUGUUCAAUAAACAAGAUGAAAGGGAACCUUAUCCUUCAACUUAGGGCAUCCAAGUUUUUGAAGUUCCAAGAGGCCAAGAUUCAAGAGUUGGCAGAGCAUGUUCCCAAAGGCCACAUUCCUCGGACAAUGACUGUUCAUUUUAGAGGGGAAAUAACGAGAAAGGUUUCACCUGGUGAUGUUGUUGAAUUAUCGGGUAUCUUUCUUCCUAUUCCAUACACUGGAUUUAGGGCAAUGCGUGCUGGAUUAGUUGCAGACACAUAUUUGGAAGCCAUGUCUGUCACUCAUUUCAAGAAAAAAUAUGAAGAGUAUGAACUUAGGGGAGAUGAAGAAGAGCAAAUUGCACGUUUAGCUGAGGAUGGUGAUAUCUAUAACAAGUUGGCACGCUCAUUAGCUCCUGAAAUUUAUGGACAUGAAGAUGUUAAAAAAGCUUUGCUUCUUCUUCUUGUGGGUGCUCCACACCGUAAGCUAAAGGAUGGGAUGAAGAUCAGAGGAGAUUUACAUAUUUGUUUGAUGGGUGAUCCUGGUGUUGCCAAAAGUCAGCUUCUAAAGCACAUUAUAAAUGUAGCACCCAGGGGAGUCUAUACCACUGGCCGGGGAAGCAGUGGAGUUGGUCUAACUGCAGCUGUGCUGAAAGAUCCUGUCACUAAUGAGAUGGUCUUGGAAGGGGGAGCCUUGGUGUUAGCGGAUAUGGGUAUAUGUGCUAUUGAUGAGUUCGACAAGAUGGAUGAAUCUGAUCGUACAGCAAUACAUGAAGUUAUGGAGCAGCAGACUGUCAGUAUUGCAAAGGCGGGGAUCACUACAUCUCUGAAUGCAAGAACUGCAAUUCUUGCUGCUGCAAAUCCAGCCUGGGGAAGAUAUGACUUACGUAGAACUCCAGCUGAAAACAUCAACCUCCCUCCAGCCCUUCUGUCACGAUUUGAUCUUCUGUGGUUGAUCUUGGAUCGAGCAGAUAUGGAUAGUGAUCUUGAGAUGGCAAGGCAUGUUGUUUAUGUGCAUCAGAAUAAAGAAUCUCCAGCUCUUGGGUUCACUCCACUUGAACCAUCUGUCCUUCGAGCAUAUAUUUCUGCUGCAAGAAGAUUAUCUCCUUAUGUUCCAAAGGAGCUGGAAGAGUACAUUGCUACAGCUUAUUCCAGCAUUAGGCAAGAAGAAGCUAAAUCAAAUACACCUCAUUCAUAUACUACUGUGAGGACCCUACUAAGUAUUCUUCGAAUAUCAGCAGCACUAGCAAGGCUUCGUUUCUCUGAAACUGUGGCCCAGAGUGAUGUGGAUGAGUCUCUUAGGCUGAUGCAAAUGUCCAAAUUCUCCUUGUAUUCCGAUGAACGUCAGAAGUCUGGUCUGGAUGCCAUAUCUGAUAUAUAUUCUAUCUUACGAGAUGAAGUGGCAAGGGCUAACAAGAUGGAUGUGAGAUAUGCCCAUGCUUUAAAUUGGAUUUCUAGAAAGGGAUAUAGCGAAGCUCAAUUGAAAGAAUGUUUAGAGGAAUAUGCUGCCUUGAAUGUGUGGCAGAUACACCCCCACACCUUUGAUAUUCGAUUUAUAGAUGCCUGAAGUUGUAUAAAUCAAUUGAAGGCAACCCGAAACGUAGUGUAAGCCGCAUCCAUCUGCAGGCUUAUAGUCCAGUUGCUUAGGUGAUUAGAUUUUAACAUAUGGUUUGUCAGGUGUACCGUUUGAAGUUAUAUAGGCAGUAGUAGUCAGUAUUUGCCUAGACUUGAAUACCAGUUAGUUUGAACCUGAAUUAUGUUAUUGGCAGCAGCAUGCUAAAAACAUUCCUGUUUUAAAUCAUCUUUUGAUCUGC